AUGGCUUUGCGACCUACAUCAAUUAAAGAGGCUCUCAAACGAUGGGAAGAGAAACAUCCAGAUAUUCCAAUUGGAGAAGCUUUGGAUGUGCAAUUACAAUUUCAGUGGCCUCCUAUAGAGAAAAUGGAUAACUCCUUGAACGUCUUGGUAAAAUGCGAGAAACUGAGUUUAUCUACUAAUAUGAUUGAUAAAAUUGCUGGAAUAAGUUCGUUGAAGAACCUCAAGAUUCUAUCUCUAGCAAGAAACUAUAUUAAAAAUUUGACUGGAUUGGAAGGUGUGGCUGAUACUUUGGAAGAAUUAUGGUUAAGCUACAAUUUGAUUGAAAAACUUAAAGGAAUAGGUGUUCUUAAGCGACUUAAAGUUCUUUAUAUCAGCAACAACCUAAUUAAAGAUUGGUCAGAAUUCAACAAACUACAAGAAGUUCCCACUUUGCAAGAAUUAUUAAUGAUAGGCAACCCAUUGGUAGACUCCAUGGAUGAAGAAACUUGGCGAAGAGAGGCUGUUAAAAGAUUAGGUAAUUUGAAGAAUCUUGAUGGUCAAACUAUUUUGCGAGCCGAAGAUGAGUGA